GUGUGUGUGUGUUAAUUAAGGGCUAAAAAUCUACUCAUUGUUAGGUUUUCAAAUAAUUGUUCAGAAUCUUUUCUGAAGGAGAUUUUGAGCGGGAAGCGUUUGAAAGUUCUCAUAAUCUCUAUUCACUGCAUUGAUCAUCUACUUUCCCGCCGGAACAGCCAAGCUUGCUGUCAAAGGCUCGUGCACGCCUGCAAUUUCACGCUUCCCUUUUACCGCAUGCACUCACACACACACAACACACACACACGCACGCACGCACGCACGCUCCAGCUGUUUGAGCGCGCACCUCUAUUGUUUUCCAGCAAAGGAGGAUCAGGCUAAUUGAAACUUUUCCUAUUGAACCUUCAGCCGCGUUCUGAUUGGCUCAAAAGUGUGGAAAGCAGGAGAGCCGCGCCAUCAGGGCGUAUAUAACGGGACUGUUGUUUACCAGAAGAAACACACACGACCAAGUGACAGACAGCACUCAAACUGAAGAAAGAAUGGCUCCAACUGUUUGCAAAGUGACACAGACGGGAAAGGAUAAAACUAAAUUGAGGAAACCAGUGGUGGAGAAGAUGCGCAGAGAUCGCAUCAACAGAUGCAUCGAACAGCUGAAAGUUCUUCUAAAAGCCGAGAUAAAAGCCAGCCAGCCUUGUUCUAAACUAGAGAAGGCUGAUGUCCUGGAAAUGGCUGUCAUUUACCUGAAGAACAACACAUGGCCACUAACAGCGUCGCCGAAUGCAGACGCGCACGCGCAGAGCUACGCGGACGGCUUCUCCAUGUGCGUAGAGGAGACUGCGCGAUUCCUGUCGCAACAACAGACCACCAAACCAGUUUUAAUGGGACGCUUUGACAGAACCCAGCAACCCAAAUUGAGCGCUAAAUCUGUCUGUGCGCCUGCGCACAAAGACAGCUGUCAGAUCACGUCUAAGAACGCCGGAGAGCACGCGCUCUGGAGACCCUGGUGAUCUGCAUUCAUAAAGACAUGUCUAAUAUAGAGAAUGGGCUGUUUUCUCUAAGUAAAACUUUGUUUUUAUAAAAUGUUGAUGUAGGCAGCAGCUGUCAUGACGCAUAGAAUGUACAAGUCUACCCCAUGCCUGAAUCUGAGAGCACAAAUCUAUUGCUUUACUUAACCUCUGUGGAGAUUAACUUAAUUUACAUAUUGUAAAAAAGAGGCCUCUGUCACCUCUGUACGUUUCUGUUGAAAUAAUCUUUUUAAUGAGAUUUGUAACCUUUAUAGGUGUUAAAUCUGUCAUAUUGAUGGAAUGUGUAAAAUUGUCUCAUGUUGAGUUCGAUUGAAAAAAUAAACUAAAUUACACGUAUUUCGGUUUGUGGUUUAUUAUUAUUAUUGGGUUUUAUUUUUUUUCAAAAAUGUUCAUAACUUGAUGGUGUUUUUUUUUUUUUUUUUUUUUUUUUAUGCCAGAUAUUUCAUAAUAUAGAAAACAAAUUAAUAUUAAGUGCACUUAAUUUCUUCUGACACAUACUUACAGCUAUAAGUCACUCUAACAUGAAAUUAGCAUCCUAAAUAGGUUUAUUAAAUAUAUCUGUGAUAUCUACAAUGUAAUGUCAGUGUCCUGAGGAGCAAAUUGCAUAUAUAAAAAGACAAUCAUUCAGUUAAGUUAAAAUAAUAAAACAUUCCAAUGCAAAUUAAUGCCUGUAAUGAGGAAUCCAGCAAUUCAGAUUCUGGAAACGGCACACUUCAUUCUCCAGUGUGGCUUUUUCACACUUAGGUUUUCUCAUCAUAAAGUGUGGAAACAGGAACUGGCUGCAUGAGAGAGGAAAGAGACUGCGUUCUCAGGCCCUCACAUCGUCCUCUUGAUUUUACUGUGUAAAGAAGUGUGCCUCCACAGCCAUAUCUCCAUAAAGCGUCUGUCUGAAGUGUGCCACACUGCUUUGAAGACCCUAGAAUGUGUUACUGUGGGAGCCAGGAACCAGAGGUGACCGAACACAGAUAAAACACUUUGUUUGCUUGGUAGUUGAUUCUAUAACACAAAUAAGUAGAAGCAGAGGCACUACUACUUUUAUAUAAGUGUAACUUGAUGACAUGGAAUGAUUUCAUCCCCCGCAAUGUUUUCAGCUUCUUGUGCAUAUGACACUUCAGGUUAUAAAGCACUGAGGUGUGUAGAAGUGUGUCUGAGAACCAUGCAAGGAAGACCUACAAUACGCAAAAUAUUAAUAAGCAUUAUAAUAUUAGAGAGCUAUUUUGUUUGUAAACAGCAUUGACAGCUUAUAUCUCACAAUUCUUAGAAGGAAAACUUAGAAGGUAACUGUGACGUCUGCUCCAAAUUGGUCUAUAAUAUUACUAAAAUAACACCUUUAAAUCAAAUUUUUGACUGGUUUUGUAGUCUGUUUGGAAGUCUAAACAUGAUGACUUCUUUGUGAUUUGUUAGAGGUAAAUAUCUUCACUCAAGCCUUAUUCUGUAAGGUGUGAAUGUGUCAUAAAUCUGAGGUCUAUGUGAAGAGCAGAUCUGUAAAACAAUAUAGUGAUAUAACACUUCGUUAAUAUGCAAAAUCACACAUAAAUCCAUCAUCCACACCAUGUGUUUAUUGAGGCAAAGUGAGUUCUCAGAUUGGACUGCCAGUGAAGGAUAUUUUGACCAGGCAAGUUUAGAAUACCUUGCUGGCUUGGUCAUUUUCACAAAACUGAAAACACUCCCUCAUGUUUGCCUUCACACUCACAUGUAAAUGAUAUUAGAAUGCUACAGAUUUAAAUUAGAACAGCACAUAUAAUUUGCAUCAGUUAAAUGUAAAAGAACAAAUGACAUGGAAACUUUCAGCUGCAGUGUUUCCUUCCACUUAUUCGACAAUUAUAAAACCAUAGUUUACUCUCUGGAUAUAGUGAAUUUUGAAAGAAAAUCACAGUGAAAUAACACAUUAAAGUGAAAACAUUUCAGUGCAUUUACCCAGGUUUGUUUGAAUCCAGUAUCUCUUCAUAUUAAUAAUGCAGUGAUGUUUGAAGUGGACACCAGAGAUAGCAGAAAUCUGCAAUGACGUGCAGUUCCUUGAGUACAUUCACACCAGCUGGUGUCCCGGAGGUUUUCAUGUUAAAGGCUGCACCAGCAGAGGGCGUUUUUUUUUUUUUUUUUUU